GUCAGUUUUAGAUUCUCCCUCGUUCGCCUUCGUUUUCCCGAGGCAACGAGGCUCUGGGAUUGGACCAUCCAGUCUAGGCCAUUAUCAUUGCGUCUAAUCAGUAUCAGCUGACCGAGACUGAGAAGAUACCGUCUCGUCAGUCGUCUCGUCUUCGCAGUUCAGUUUCAGUUUCCUGUUAAAAUUAAAUUUGUCACUCGCAAUUCUCAAAUCGCGGGUGCCUUUCGUUCGUAACGGGAGGUGAAAAAUCGUGGUUCGGAAAUCUGCUUCAUUCACACAGAAAACCGGAAGAAUCCGGUGAUUCUCUAUCUGUAAAUAUUGCAAUUGCUGUAUCCCCAUCAGCUGAAAUCGUGUAUCGAAACUUGUUGCAUGAACUUUCUCGUGUUUGCCUCGAGCUAAAGUGCUCAGAAUUCGUUAUUUGAAGUGAUUGUGUCGUGUGUUUUCGUGGUAACUGCGGAAGAUUGAAUUUGUCAAAAUUCAUCCUAUUGUCGGGUUUGUUCGAGUGUUGUUCUGUUGUUUUUGAAGUCGUAAGGAUUGACCGAAAAAUUUAGGUUAGUUCCUACUUCUACUUCCUGCUUUACGUUUUAAACUGAAAUGAAUUGUAAGGAAGAUAAUUAAGUAAUCGAGUAUUUUCCACUGAUUUGGAUUUUGUGAGUCUCGUGAAGAUUCCUACUCUUUCCUUGGAUUAUUGCUGGUUUAUGAUAAGAGCUCAAGAAUGGAAGCGAAGGAGGUAGUAGCGGAAAACAUCAACGAUGACGCGCCUAUGUUCGGUCUUGUUGACACCGUCCUAUUGGCUGCCAUCGUUGGUUUCGGUGCCUGGUACUUCUUCUUCAACAAAAAGUCAGAGACUACAAAAAAGACAUAUCAAAUCCAACCCACGACACUGAACACAACGACGACGAGCGAAGACAACUCGUUCAUCAAGAAACUCAAAAGCUCCGGGCGGAGUCUGGUCGUGUUCUACGGUAGCCAGACGGGUACCGGAGAGGAGUUCGCCGGGCGGAUAGCCAAAGAAGGUCGCAACUAUGGUAUGAAAGGCAUGGUCGCCGAUCCCGAAGAGUACGAAAUGGUAAGGGAAGAACUAGUCAAUUUGAAAGAAAUACCCAACUCCUUGGCCGUUUUUUGCCUCGCCACCUAUGGUGAAGGCGACCCCACCGAUAACGCCAUGGACUUCUAUGAAUGGCUUCAAAACGGAGAUGCCAAUCUCGCCGGACUGAAUUAUGCUGUGUUCGGGUUGGGAAACAAAACUUAUGAACACUACAACGAAGUUGGUAUUUACGUAGACAGGCGUCUGGAAGAGCUUGGCGCUACCAGAGUAUGUGAACUGGGUCUUGGAGAUGACGACGCGAACAUCGAGGAUGAUUUCACUACUUGGAAAGACAAAUUAUGGCCAGCUGUCUGCGACUACUAUGGAAUUGAAGCAACUGGAGAGGAAGGUAGUGUGCGUCAGUAUAAAUUAACGGAACAUACGGAUAUCUCUCCUGACAGAGUCUACACUGGAGAAGUCGUCAGAUUGCAUUCACUCAUCAACCAGAGACCGCAAUUUGACAUGAAGAACCCUUACCUGGCGCCUAUUCGAGUGAACAGAGAACUUCAUAAAGGCGAUAGUGACCGUUCCUGCAUGCAUAUUGAAUUUGACAUCGAUGGAUCUAAGAUGAAAUAUGAUACAGGUGACCAUUUAGGAGUCUAUCCACACAAUGAUCCAGCUCUGGUCCAGAAAAUAGGUGAUAUGGUGGGUGUCAAUCUAGACGUGGUGUUUACUCUUACCAACACUGAUGAGGAAUCAAGUAAGAAGCAUCCUUUUCCGUGCCCAUGUUCUUACAGAACAGCGCUUACCCAUUAUCUUGAUAUUGGCUCUAAUCCCCGUACUCACAUUCUGAAGGAAUUGGCCGAGUAUGCCACGGAUCCAAAGGAACAAGAACAGUUGAGACAAAUGGCCAUGACCUCAGUUGAAGGAAAGCAACUGUAUAACAAAUGGAUAAUUGAAGACAACCGUAAUAUCGUUCAUAUUUUGGAAGAUUUUUCAUCCUGCAAGCCUGCAAUAGACCACCUCUGUGAACUUCUCCCACGGUUACAGGCCCGAUACUAUUCAAUUUCAUCAUCACCAAAACUGCAUCCAACAUCAGUUCACAUUACAGCUGUAAAAGUAGAAUACACAACACCUACUAACAGAGUGAACAAGGGUGUGUGUACAACGCUUCUGAGUCAGAAAGUUCCAUCGCCGAACCCUAAUGAACCCAUUCCCAGGAUGCCAAUCUUUGUCAGGAAGUCGCAGUUCAAGCUUCCCACCCGGACACAAACUCCCAUUAUCAUGGUUGGGCCAGGAACUGGUCUUGCUCCAUUCAGAGCUUUUAUUCAGGAACGUGCUUUCACAAAAAAAGAGGGAAAAACUGUCGGUGACACAAUCCUAUACUUUGGAUGUCGAAAGAAGAGUGAAGACUUCUUGUAUGAGGAAGAACUCAAUGAAUAUGUUAAUAACGGAGAUUUGAAGCUUCAUGUUGCCUUCUCACGAGAAAGUGCACAGAAAGUUUACGUCACACACCUACUGGAAAAGAACAGCGAUGAGAUUUGGAAUGUAAUUGGAGAAAAUAAUGGCCACUUUUACGUCUGUGGGGAUGCCAAAAAUAUGGCCAAAGAUGUGCACAAUAUUGUCUUGAAGGUUGUCCAAGAGAAAGGUAACAUGACAGACAGUCAAGCGCUUGCAUACGUGAAGAAAAUGGAGGCACAAAAGCGAUACAGCGCUGACGUGUGGAGCUAAUAUCGAAACAUCACUGUUACAAUUAUGGAAAGCAUUUUUAAACAUUUUAUAAGAAAUUCAACGGCAGCUCGAGUAUUAUUCAUAUGACUGCCUUAACUCGAUUAAAAUCUUCUAUGUGAAGUUCGAGUAUCAAUCUUAGUCCACCCUUCUCAAUCAUUGACAAGAAUCGAACUUUCUGUUCUCGAGUUUCAUUUAAUUUGUGAUAAGUUAGCUGUUCCCUUGAAUAGCAAAUUUUUAAGAGAUGUAAGUAUACUGAUCGAUAUUGUUUUCGAAUUUAAGGAAUAUCUUGUAAAUAAUAAUCUAUUAUUUUCAUUUUAACGUAGCUUAAGUUCUACUUUUUGUAGCUGCGAAGUUAUUUGUACAGCCACGCGUUUUAGAAGUUUAUGCAUCUCGCCUGGCGAAAAGCCGUUAUCUGUGAAAUGAAUUUAAAGGUGUUAUUUUUCUGUUAAAAAUGUUUAUUUUUAUAAUAAUUCUGAAUGAUCGACCAUUCCUUUGCUUUUGAAGACAGUAUCAUUGUUUUGUCUAUCAUCCAUGCGAUUAGUGCCUUGUCUCUCUAGGUGUUUUGUAUUAAUUUUUAUCCGCAUCCUCUAAGUUCCGUCUUUGCUUUUCAUUUAAUGAAGAGGAAAGACUAUAGGUAAUUUAUUUAUACUUUUACCAUUUGAAAGUGAAGUGACUGACCUUAGCAUCAUGAACAAUGGAACAUAAUAUAUUAGAUGUUAUUUUUGUAUAUAAGAUUUUAUAAAGUCAGAACAAAUAAUUUCUGUAUUUUUUAGCCUUUUUCUUACAUGAUUUGUUUCAAUGCUAGCUUUGGCUUAAAACUGUUCUUUGGAUGUGCUCCUUUUUUUCUGCUCUCAUGAGCUGUUAUUCUCAGUCUGUUUCAUAAUAAGAUAGAUGGUUGCUGAUGAAAAAGCUUUGGUUUUACGAUAGAUUAUUUUAAAAAUUGUCCUUUAAGUUUAUGGAUUUUGAAUCAAAUUUUGAUGUUUAUACCAUUAAAGGUGUAAUUGUUACGCA